AUGCCCUCCCAAUUCUGUGCCUCGCGCUCCCUCCCUAACUUCACGGGAACUGUCCUCGACAAGAACCUCAAGCUCGUGGCCGUCCUGGGCACUGGCGCCUUCGGCAAGGUCUAUAAAGCCAUUGACCUCGACUCCCCCGCCGACUGCCCCACGUUCUACGCUGUGAAAUGUUUGAGGCUGCAACCAGUGGGGUCCCACCAGCGUCAACAACAAGAGCAGGAGAUCAGAUACCACCUGGCCGUUGCCGAAGACCCUCGGGUCGUCUCGCUGCAUCGGUAUUUUACGUCUGGCGAAUACCUCUUUGUGGUCCUCGAUUAUGCCGAGACGGACGUUUUGGAAGUUUUGGCCAAUGAAAAGGUGUUUCAUCGUCGACCAGACCGCGUAAAGGAGGCAUUCGGAGAGAUACUCGAUGGCGUUGAAGCCCUCCACCGUCAGGGUAUCUACCACCGAGAUAUCAAGCCCGACAACUUGUUAUGUGACAGCGACGGCAAGAACAUCCGCAUCGCGGACUUCGGUCUGUCCACGAAAAAAAUACGUUCUUUGCUGCUCGGCUGUGGGUCGCCCGGGUACAUGUGCCCAGAAUCACUCGAACGAAGCCACCCAACUGCCCUCGAAGGCUACUCACCCAAAGAUAACGAUAUAUGGGCGGUUGCUGUUCUUUUCUGCAACUUUGUCGCUGGCGUAAUGCCGUGGCAGAAAGCGCUCGUCUCAGACCCGGCAUUUAAACACUUCAUUCACCAUGAAGACCACCUCAUUCACGAUUUGGGUCUGACAAAGGAGACCAAUGCUUUGCUGAGGCGCUGCUUCCACAAAAACCCGCAGAUGCGACCCACUCUUGCGGAGUUCCGGUCUGCUAUCAAUGCGAUGGAGCGCUUUACCCUGGCGGACCCCCUUCCUUCAUCCACCAAUGCUGUCACCUCAAACAAGCAGCCCAUGGAAGGUGGCUCCAGCUCUUCUAGUUCACGGCGAAGCGAUGGAUCGGAAGAAGAAUACUCUACUCCACCCACUUCAUGCAUGCCUUCUUCGCCUUCGCAGUCGCAAGCUGAUGCGUCCGCCCGACAUGCCCCUAAAUCCGGUCGGACUCGGCGGUUCCCGCGCCGGCUUUUCAAAGCCAAGGGCAAGCAUACGCCCAGCCCUUCGCCGGAACCGAAUACUCCCGCGGUCCAGAUUGAGCGUCGCAAACGGAGGUCUUCGCUGCAACUGCUUGCGAAAAAUCUUGGGCUGUCGUGGUAG